UAAACCGUAUAUAGAUUCAAUAUCUAUAUAUCGCAGCAAUAUCGUUGAAUCCGAUAUCGCCUUAUCAGCCGAUACCCUAUAUUGCUCGACGUGACGCGCAUCGGCGCAUCGUACCGAUACGUAUAUCCGUGAUCAGAGCGACCAGGAAUAUUCGUUUAGUUCGUAUCGAAUCGGUCAGAGUGAGUGAACGCACGAUAGGGAGCACGUGAUGAAUGCAACAGAAAUAGGCAUUAUCCAUACAAUUGUAAAUCUUAUAUUUAAGUACAUAUGUCUGAAAAUUAUUCUUAACGUAUCAGCAGGAUACAGUUUAGGAAAAAAGUUUCAACUUUCGACUUUAAUUUGAAUGCAGUAUUGCCUAUUUGCACUGUUGUAUUUAAUUUCACGUGGCUUAACCUUGAACUAAAAUUUUUUGACAAGUGUUUAUAAAUACUUAAAGGUUUUUUGUGUUUGAUUUUUAAAGUACUCGUACACAUUUUUCUAUUUUUAGUUGAAUUUAUUUGUUGUGUUUGUUAAGCUUUUGAAAGCUUAGAAACUUUUAUUUUAACAUAAACUUUGUAAAUAAUUUAUAAUAAAAUUAAUUUUACAGUUUGUGAUGUAUAAAAUAGGUUAACACCGUGACUUUAUGUAUAGCUUAAAUGUGUAAAUAAUAACAGUGCACGUAGUAAUUAAUAAAUAGGUACUCAGUUAUAUUCAAAUAACAAUAAUUGUGUGACACUUAAAAACAAUUUUCAUAAUGGCGCGUACAAAUUCCAGUGUUUUAUGGGAAUUUUUUGAUAAGUCAAAUGUGGUUGAUAAAAAGGCCAAAUGUCGUGUUUGUGGUUGCUUAUAUAGCUAUAAAGGUACUACGGGGAAUUUAAAGGCACAUUUAAAAAAGAGACAUUUGGAUGCAUAUUUAAGUCUAACGAGUGGACAGCAAGAAAUAAGAACACAAAAUAUUGCCGAUACUACACCAUCAGUGCCACAUGUUACAAUAACAAGUACUAUAAUAUCAACUACAGCCACCUCAACAGGAGCAGCAGUGUGCCCAUCAGGGUCCCAUGUGUCUGCUGUAGCCACAAGCCAACAAAUACGACAGCAACAACAAAUUGAAAGUUGUAACACCGCAAAACAAAUUUCAGGAGAAUUAAAAAGGAAAAUAGACAGUGAUCUUCUCGAUUUGUUUGUCGAUAGUUAUCAACCUUUUACCUUGGUAGAAGAAAGAUCUUUUAAAAAGUUUGUUCGUUGGAUUCCUGGCUACCAGCUGCCUACUAGAAAAACAAUUUCGAACGUCAUGAUUCCAACUUUAUUUAAUAAGACAAAAGAAACUCUUAAAACUGAAUUAUUACAAAUAGAAAAUAUUUGCCUUACCGCAGACUUAUGGACGUCGAGGGCUAAUGAAUCCUAUUUGGCUGUUACGGGACAUUUUAUCACAGACGAUUAUGAGCUGAAAACAUGCUUACUCGAUUGCAGUAACUUUCAGGAGUCCCAUACGAAUGAUAAUAUUCAAACAGUUUUGAUUGUGAUGGUAAAGGAAUGGAACCUGACUAAUAAAAUAAAUUUCGUUAUAACAGAUAAUGCUGCCAAUAUACAGAGAGCCAUUUCUAACAUCGGUUGGAAGCAUUAUGGAUGUUAUGGUCAUACUUUGAAUUUGAUUGUGCAAAAUGCUAUUUCUAAUGAUGAGACACUACAGAAUUUAUUAGAGAAAGUUAAAAAAAUUGUACGCUUUUUUAAAAGUAGCAGCACUGCCUUGGAACAACUUUUAAAAGCCCAAACGAAUGACCAGCCAAAUUGCAUCCCAAAGCGCUUAAUUCAGGAAGUUCCGACAUGCUGGAACUCCACCUUUCAGAUGGUUAGGCGAUUCGUUGAUCUCGAACAGUGCCUCAGAUCGACAGUGGCAAUAUUAAAAAAAGAUUUACCGAUAAUUACAAAUGAUGAGUGGUUGUUGCUUGCCGAAAUAGCAAAGAUAUUAAAGCCCUUUCAUGAAGCAACUGAAUCAAUGAGCGGUGAAAAAUAUAUGACCGCUAGCUCAGUCAUAGUCAUGACACGAUGCCUGACAACAGCAUGCGACAAAUUAUUAAUAGAAGAUUAUUGUGAGCUUUCGAAGGAAAUAAUUUAUAAACUAAGAUCAGGACUAGUAAUGAGGUUCACAAAUGUUGAAAGAAGUGAAACAUUUUCUGUGUGUACAUUCCUAGAUCCAAGGUACAAACUGGCCGUAUUUUCUGACGAAAAUGAAGCAAAAAACACCAAAAAACGUGUGCAAGAUCUUUUGAUGGGAAUCAUACUACAGGAGAAUCAGGAGUCUGCACAAGAUCAGGUUCAUGCCUCGAUUUCCGAACACCACGAAGCCGAUAAAUUCUCUCCGUGGGCCAUCCUUAGUGAAAUAGUUGGUCAAAAACAGACCGUUGGAACUCCACUAUCAAAAGCCAUAAAGGAAAUUGACACAUACCUAAAAGAUGAUGUCUUACCCGUUUUCAAGGGGACGACUUGGAGUUGUCCACUGGAAUGGUGGCGUAAACAUAAAUUCACAUAUCCUAAUCUAGCGAAACUUUUUAAAAGAUAUGGCAAUAUCAUGGCAACGUCGGUUCAAUGCGAGAGAAUUUUUAGUAAAACUGGAUGGAUUAUAAAUGAUCGACGAACUCGGCUCUCAUCAUCAAAAGUGAAGCAGCUUACAUUUUUAAAUGUAAACCUUUGUACAAAAAGAUUUGAAUUAUAAUUUUAGUCAUGUAGGAUCUGUAAAAAAUUAACUGUGUAAAAAGAUUUUAUAAAAAUGUAAAAUAUGUAAACAGAGAAUAAUAUGUAAAUAUUAUCAAAUUAACUUCUAAAUACGCCUGCAAUGUUUUCUCGAGACUUUAGCUAGGAAGUACUCACUCACUUUAAGCUAAUACACGCGGACGAAGUCGCGAAUGUGACCUAAAAUAUAUGUAUUUAGCAAUAUGAAAUAUUCUACAUCAGUCUUCUAAUCAACACUCAUUUUGGUAUAUUUUGUAAUUUUAAGUUAAGACACGUAAUACUAAAAACUGAAAAUAAUGUAGCCUAGCAAAAGCCUAGUAAAAGUAUGAAGGAAAGUA